CUCCAGGGGACAUAGGCCCCAAGGGCGACAAGGGAGACCCUGGGGUUGGAGAGAGAGGGCCCCCAGGACCCCAAGGGCCUCCGGGCCCCCAGGACCCUCCUUCAGACAUGACAAGCUGACCUUCAUUGACAUGGAGGGGUCUGGCUUCGGUGGCGAUCUGGAGGCCCUGCGGGGUCCUCGAGGCUUCCCUGGACCCCCCGGACCCCCUGGUGUCCCAGGCCUGCCCGGCGAGCCAGGCCGCUUCGGGGUGAACAGCUCCGACAUCCCAGGGCCCGCCGGCCUUCCUGGUGUGCCUGGGCGCGAGGGUCCCCCCGGGUUUCCCGGCCUCCCGGGACCCCCAGGCCCUCCGGGAAGAGAAGGGCCCCCAGGAAGGACUGGGCAGAAAGGCAGCCUGGGUGAAGCAGGCGCCCCAGGACAUAAGGGGAGCAAGGGAGACCCCGGUCCUGCUGGUGCUCGUGGAGAGAGCGGCCUGGCAGGAGCCCCUGGACCCGCUGGACCACCAGGCCCCCCUGGGCCCCCUGGGCCACCAGGACCAGGACUCCCCGCUGGAUUUGAUGACAUGGAAGGCUCCGGGGGGCCGUUCUGGUCAACAGCCCGAGGCGCUGAUGGGCCGCAGGGACCCCCCGGCCUGCCGGGACUCAAGGGGGAUCCUGGCAUGCCUGGGCUGCCAGGGGCGAAGGGAGAAGUUGGAGCAGAUGGAGCCCCUGGGUUCCCCGGCCUCCCUGGCAGAGAGGGCAUUGCUGGGCCCCAGGGGCCAAAGGGAGACAGAGGCAGCCAGGGAGAAAAGGGAGAUCCAGGGAAGGACGGAGUUGGUCAGCCGGGCCUCCCUGGCCCCCCCGGACCCCCGGGGCCUGUGGUCUACGUGUCGGAGCAGGACGGAUCCGUCCUGAGCAUGCCGGGACCUGAGGGCCGGCCGGGUUUCGCAGGCUUUCCCGGACCUGCAGGACCCAAGGGCGACCUGGGCUCUAAGGGCGAACGAGGCUCCCCGGGACCCAAGGGUGAGAAGGGUGAACCAGGCAGCAUCUUCAGCCCCGAUGGUGGUGUCCUGGGCCCUGCACAGAAAGGAGCCAAGGGAGAGCCGGGCUUCCGAGGACCCCCGGGUCCAUAUGGACGGCCGGGGUACAAGGGAGAGAUUGGCUUUCCUGGACGGCCGGGUCGCCCCGGGAUGAACGGAUUGAAAGGAGAGAAAGGGGAGCCGGGAGAUGCCAGCCUUGGAUUUGGCAUGAGGGGAAUGCCCGGCCCCCCAGGGCCUCCAGGGCCCCCAGGCCCUCCAGGGACUCCUGUUUACGACAGCAAUGUGUUUGCUGAGUCCAGCCGCCCUGGGCCUCCAGGAUUGCCAGGGAAUCAGGGCCCUCCAGGACCCAAGGGCACCAAAGGAGAAGUGGGUCCCCCCGGACCACCAGGGCAGUUUCCGUUCGACUUUCUUCAGUUGGAGGCUGAAAUGAAGGGGGAGAAGGGAGACCAAGGUGAUGCAGGACAGAAAGGCGAAAGGGGUGAGCCCGGGGGUGGCGGCUUCUUCGGCUCCAGCCUGCCAGGCCCCCCCGGACCCCCAGGCCCACCUGGCUACCCUGGGAUUCCAGGUCCCAAGGGAGAGAGCAUCCGGGGCCAACCCGGCCCACCUGGACCUCAGGGACCCCCCGGCAUCGGCUACAAGGGGCGCCAGGGCCCUCCUGGCCCCCCAGGCCCCCCUGGCCCCCCAGGGCCCCCUUCAUUUCCCGGCCCUCACAGGCAGACUAUCAGCGUUCCCGGUCCUCCGGGCCCCCCCGGGCCCCCCGGGCCCCCUGGAACCAUGGGCGCCUCCUCAGGGCAGGUGAGGCUCUGGGCUACACGCCAGGCCAUGCUGGGCCAGGUGCACGAGGUUCCCGAGGGCUGGCUGAUCUUCGUGGCCGAGCAGGAGGAGCUGUACGUCCGCGUGCGGAAUGGGUUCCGGAAGGUCCAGCUGGAGGCCCGGACGCCACUCCCCCGAGGGACGGACAACGAAGUGGCCGCCUUGCAGCCCCCCGUGGUGCAGCUGCACGACAGCAACCCCUACCCGCGGCGGGCACACUCCCACCCCACCGCGCGGCCCUGGCGGGCAGAUGACAUCCUGGCCAGUCCCCCUCGCCUGCCGGAGCCCCAGCCCUACCCAGGAGCCCCGCACCACAGCUCCUACGUGCACCUGCGGCCGGCGCGACCUACAAGCCCACCUGCCCACACCCACCGCGACUUCCAGCCCGUGCUCCACCUGGUUGCGCUCAACAGCCCACUGUCAGGCAGCAUGAGGGGCAUCCGCGGAGCCGACUUCCAGUGCUUCCAGCAGGCGCGGGCCGUGGGGCUGGCGGGCACCUUCCGCGCCUUCCUGUCCUCGCGGCUGCAGGACCUGUACAGCAUCGUGCGCCGCGCCGACCGUGCAGCCGUGCCCAUCGUCAACCUCAAGGACGAGCUGCUGUUUCCCAGCUGGGAGGCUCUGUUCUCAGGCUCUGAGGGUCCGCUGAAGCCCGGGGCACGCAUCUUCUCCUUUGACGGCAAGGACGUCCUGAGGCAUCCCACCUGGCCCCAGAAGAGCAUGUGGCAUGGCUCGGACCCCAACGGGCGCAGGCUGACCGAGAGCUACUGUGAGACAUGGCGGACGGAGGCCCCCUCGGCCACAGGCCAGGCCUCCUCGCUGCUGGGGGGCAGGCUCCUGGGGCAGAAUGCCGCGAGCUGCCAUCACGCCUACAUCGUACUCUGCAUCGAGAACAGCUUCAUGACUGCCUCCAAGUAGCCGCCGCCUGGAUGCGGAUGGCCCGAGAGGAUGGGCGGCUCGGAGGAAGCCCCCACUGUGGGCAGGGCGCGGCUGGCCAGCCCCUGGCCCCAGGACCUGGCUGCCAUACUUUCCUGUAUAGUUCACGUUUCAUGUAAUCCUCAAGAAAUAAAAGGAAGCCAAAGAGUGUAUUUUUUUAAAGGUUUAAAACAGAAGCCUGAUGCUGACAUUCACCUGCCCCAACUCUCCCCUGACCUGUGAGCCCAGCUGGCGCGGCCUGGGUCAUGCAGCCUGGGUCAGGCAGGGUGCAGCAUCACACCCUGUGCAGCCUCUUGGCCUGAUCAGACCACGGCUUGAUUUCUCCAGGAUUUCCUGCUUUGGGAAGCCGUGCUCGCCCCAGCAGGUGCCGACUUCAUCUCCCACCUAGCAGCACCGUCCUGUGCACAAAACCCAGACCUGUUAGCAGACAGGCCCCGUGAGGCAAUGGGAGCUGAGGCCACACUCAGCACAGGGCCACCUGGGCUCUCCUGCAGGGUGUGUGCUCACCCUGCAGUAGAUGGGAGGGAGGCUCAGGUCCCUGGGGCUAGGGGACCCCUUCUGCCUCAGCUCUGAGCCAUUCUCCACAGCAACCCCAGGGUGAAGCAGGUUUCCAAGCUCAGAGGCCCACUGUGACCCCCAGCUCUGGCCUGUCCUCCAGCACCACGCACAGCAGCCUGGGACUGGCCUCCCAAAUGAGCCAUGAGAUACAUCCAAAGCAGACAGCUCCAGCCUGGCCGAGUCCAAGCUGGGAGAUUCAAGGGACCCCUGAGUUGGGGUCUGGCAGCCUCCCAUCCAGGGACCCCAUCUCAUGCCCCUGGCUGGGACAUGGCUCAGCCAGCACUUGUCCAGCUCAGUCCCAGGAUAGAACAAGGCCACAUCGAAGAGGCUGAGGCUGGCACAGGACAUGCGGCAGCCAGCGCACGGGGCAGUGAGGGAGGGCUGCCAUCUGUGCACUGCCCAUAGACAGGCUGGCUCCAGCUGCAGGGCAGUCAUUGGCUGUCUCCUAGGAAACCCACAUCCUUGCCCUCCUUGGGACUGAAGGGGACCCCCAGGGUGCACACAGGCCACCCUGAGGGCAAACAAAGCCGCCACAAGGGGCGACGAGGGCCUCUGCCACAGCCACCCCUGAGAUCCAGCAACAUCGACCCCAGAGUCAUUCAUUCUGUGGAGGGACAAGUGGACUCAAGACAGCGCCAGGCUGACCACAGCACGGCCAACACGCACCUGCCUCGGGACUGCGACGAAACCGGUGAGGCUGGUUCUGUAAUGGUGUGUGAUGUGAAGCCAAUUGAGACAGGCAAAUAAAAGUGACCUUUUACACUGA